UUGCGUUCACAUUGUUCGCGUUCCCUUCACGCGCUUUGUGGGGGCUUCGUCUCAGCUUCAGCUAAAGAGCAAACAGACAACAGCUGUGUUUGCUUGAAGUAUCAACCUUGAAGCUGAAAAUACGGGACUUUAUUGCCACUUGAAAUUCAGUAAUAUCGUUUUAAAAAGUUAUCUGAAACCAUUAAGGAAAUGAAAUAGCUGUCAUUUUACGUAACCACAGAAACGGGCGAGACGCAAAGGAGAAAUAAUAACAACAUCAAAACCCGGCAAACAAAGAGGUCCCCUUUUCAACGGCAUCAUUUUUCCUCCAUAUUCUAUAGUUAUGAGUCAUGUGGCCGUCGAAAAUGCCCACGGUCUAGAACAGCAGCUCGCUGUCCUAGACUUGAGCGCUGCAGACGGACAAGGUGGCGGCAAUAGCAGGCGAUACAUACCUCCACAUUUAAGGAACAAAGAUGCUCCCAAAAAUGCAGGAAAUGCCUUUGCUGCUGGGCGACAGGGUGGUUACACCAUCGCGCCUGCAGCCAACUACGGCUGGGACGGCACGCGCAACAACUUUGUCAACGGCUACCACGACAAUCGCAUGACGGGCAACUCAUUUAACCGUGGCCCGCCUCGCAUGGAGCGGGGAAGAGGUGGCGUUGGAGGUGGUUACCGCAACAACAGGGGUGGAGCCUUCAACCCCAUUAACCCAGCACAGCCAAUGGGCUUUGCUGGGUAUGAAAAUAAAGACGCAGGUGGCUGGAACACUGCCAAGGACGCCUAUAGCAGUUUUGGCAAUAACCGUGGAAAGUCUGCUUUCUUCAAUGACAGAGGCAACGCUAGCCGAGGAAGGUUUGAGCAUGGAGGAUUUGGUAAUGGAGGAGGAGGAGGAGGAAACAGCCGCUGGGUGGAGGAAUCCAGAGAUGACGGAGACUGGUCCAAACCAACCCCUCGCAACGAACGCCUUGAACAUGAAUUGUUCUCUGGCAGUAACACUGGGAUUAACUUUGAGAAAUACGAUGACAUUCCUGUUGAGGCCACGGGACAGAACUGCCCUCAGCACAUCGAGAGUUUCCAAGACGUGGACAUGGGUGAGAUUAUCAUGGGUAACAUUGCUCUGAGUCGCUACACCAGACCCACUCCUGUCCAGAAAUACGCCAUUCCUAUUAUUAAAUCGAAGAGAGACCUCAUGGCCUGCGCACAGACAGGCUCUGGGAAAACGGCAGCAUUCCUCUUGCCAGUCCUCAGCCAGAUCUACACUGAUGGACCAGGAGAGGCCCUUAACGCAGCUAAAGCAUCAGGACAGGAGAAUGGAAAGUAUGGCCGUCGCAAGCAGUACCCCAUCUCUUUGGUGCUGGCUCCCACCAGAGAACUGGCACUGCAGAUAUAUGAUGAAGCAAGGAAGUUUUCCUACCGCUCCAGAGUGCGUCCCUGUGUUGUGUAUGGAGGAGCAGACAUUGGCCAGCAGAUCAGAGACCUGGAGAGAGGCUGUCACCUGCUGGUGGCCACUCCAGGAAGACUCGUGGACAUGAUGGAGAGAGGGAAGAUUGGACUGGACUACUGCAACUACCUGGUCCUAGAUGAGGCUGACCGUAUGCUGGACAUGGGCUUUGAACCACAGAUACGGCGCAUCGUCGAACAGGACACCAUGCCUCCUAAAGGCAUCCGACAAACUAUGAUGUUCAGCGCUACGUUUCCCAAAGAAAUCCAGAUCUUAGCUCGGGAUUUCCUGGAGGAUUACAUCUUCCUGGCGGUGGGCAGAGUGGGUUCCACCUCGGAGAACAUCACGCAGAAAGUGGUGUGGGUGGAAGAGAGCGAUAAGCGGUCUUUCCUCUUGGACCUGCUAAGCGCUACAGCCAUCCCAAGUGAGGUACAGGACAGUACUGGAGACAACAUAGAGAAACCUGGUAAGGACUCAUUGACCCUGGUUUUUGUGGAGACCAAGAAAGGUGCAGACGCCUUGGAGGACUUCCUAUAUCGGGAAGGCUACGCCUGCACCAGUAUCCAUGGUGAUCGUUCCCAGAGAGAUCGAGAGGAGGCCCUGAACCAGUUCAGAUCAGGAAAAUGUCCCAUCCUGGUGGCUACAGCGGUAGCAGCUCGGGGUUUGGACAUCUCCAACGUGAAACAUGUUAUUAACUUUGACCUGCCAAGCGACAUAGAGGAGUACGUCCACCGUAUUGGACGUACGGGACGAGUAGGAAACCUGGGGCUGGCAACAUCAUUCUUCAAUGACAAAAACGGGAACAUCACUAAAGACCUCCUGGACAUCCUAGUAGAGGCCAAACAGGAAGUUCCCUCAUGGCUCGAGAGCCUGGCCUAUGAACACCAGCACAAGAGUAGUAAUAGAGGGCGCUCUAAGAGGUUCUCUGGCGGGUUUGGAGCACGAGAUUAUCGUCAGACUGCUGCAGGAGUCAACGCCGGAGGGUUUGGAGGACGUGGAGGAGGACGCAGCCAGGCAGGACAUGGAGGAAACCGUGCCUUUGGAGGAGGCGGCUUCAGCAACUUCUACACCAGCGAUGGCUACGGAGGAAACUACUCACACUCUCAAGUUGACUGGUGGGGCAACUAGGUUUCUCCAUCCCUCCCUCCCUCGCUCAUCCCUCUUUCCUCUUCUCACUCAUCCUCCAUUCUUUCUCCACAUUGACGUCUGCAUCCCAUCUGUCUUGUUACCACCAUUAACCCCAAGAAACCCCCAUGCAUGUUAUUAAACUAUUUAUGCUCAUUUAUGUAGCUUCCAUCCCCAUCCUUCAUGUCUUUUAAGUCGUUGGAAGAGUUUUCUUGUGCUUUCUAUGUCCACCUUUUUUGUUUUGGUAAAUUUAGCUUUUCUCCUCUUGAAAAAGACCACAUUAUGAAGAGAUUGUUGAAUUUUAGUUGUUUACUUUUUAAACACUGGACACAGGCUUACUUGUUAGCUUCCAGCUAGCAGCCACCUUAAGACCAUUUUCCCUCUGUGACACGUGUGCUGGUAAAAAGACCUGGGUGUUUAAUUCCCUGAGAUUUCAGCGUGUGGGCUUCUUCAAAGAGGGGGAAAUCCUUUCUUUAUUUCCCCCCACCUUAUAUUUGAGUUUGAUUUCACUGUGUUUUCGUCUGCAUUUACACUCCCCGCGUGACCUCAUGUCAUCUUUGUAUUUAACGCACGGCCAUGUUGUAAAUCGCUGGCCAAAAACUUUUCUAAAAUAUAGCUAUAGGCAGGACAUAAAAGCAAAACAUGUCUGCGUAUAAAUUCAAAAAUACUGGCCUUCACGUAUUGGAGGCCACAGAAACAAAAUCUUUUCUUUUUUUCACCUUUUUUAAAACAUGAAACUUUAUCGAGGUCUGACACAGAUGUCUAACAAAGAGACGAGUGGCUGGACAAACUGAAAUGGCGCUGUCGGCCAUUAGCAGUGAGGAAAGCAGACAGUCUUAGGACUUAUGGUUGUUACUGCAAAUAGCAUUUUUUUUUUGGUUUGUUGUUUAAUUUUAAGAUAAGUGUUUAUGGAGAAUCAUUUGUUUCUGUACUGUGCCUUUAAGAAUUUAAACUUUGUCUCUUAUUUCCAUUGUUUUUAUUGCCGUAAUACGUUAACUGUCCACAAGUAUUGGCCCACGGUGACUAAAAGUGUGUAUUCAGUGUCAUUUGUUGGUUUAAAUAUGUUUUCUUUAUUUUUAUUUGGAAGGAAGCAAACUAGGCUUGAACUAAAUCAAACCUUGGCAAAAAAAAAACUAAACUAAAACUACGAUGAGGAAACUCAAAGCAUUUCCUUAUCUGUCUAUUAGAGACUGAGCUAAUUCCCCAAAGCAUAUAACCACUGUAAGCAUAUUUGUGGAUUACUUUACUCACUCUGGAUGAGUAAAUAUAAAAUGGGUCAAAAAUAACAUUAAUCGUACUGUUAAAGUCAAAGAGCCGACGAGCAGGGCCGACCACAGUGGCUGUAUGCUUUUGGGAACCCGAGUCCUACUCAUUGACACUUGUGUCACAUCUAUAGCUCAGCUUUGAGCUUGCAGUUUGGUUUCUCAAAGCCAUCUUGUCACUAAUUGUUGGGUCACUGUGUGCCACUAACAGGGCCAGCAGCAGUCACGUUAUGUUGCUCCUCCCCCUCUUAUUAUCCAGAUAUGUAGCCGUAAAUGUCAAAUUCCUCAUAGCUUGCUGUAAUUUUAAAAAAAGCCAAAGUCUGGUGCCACUCGAGUCAUAUUAAAUUACUGUAACCGCUACACAGUUUGAAACACCUUUGCUUAGAAAACACUACAUGGCUGCUGCUGAAAACAGUUCCCAGAUUGUGUCGGUGUCUGCGGCCGUUCAGCUGACUCUUAGUGCCAUCAUGCUCUUGGGAAUCUACCGCUGCUUUUAACCACAAACAUUGAAACCCUUGUUUUGGGAGAAGCUUUCUCUUGAGGGGGGAAAUACGCAAACUAAAAAGAGGUCCAAAUUUUCUCGCUCACUCUAUCCUGGAGAGUUGCAUGAAGAGUCUUCUCUAAAAGUAGUCAUUCCAGUUUAUUCUGUUAGGUCUUUUAAGCUCUGUUGAAGUCGGGCGUUAAAAGUGAAGAACUGGAUCAUCCUUACGAAUUAAUUUCACUGCAGAGACAGCUUGGGGCUUCCCAAGGAAUGCAAUGCAUCGUAUCUACAGCACGUUUUAGCCACGUGUGCAACUGUAAUCAAGCGCAAAAUCGCGUCUCGGUCCAAUUCCUCCUCUUACUACUGCUUUCAGUCAGCAGAUAGUGUUUCUCAGUGUUGAAGUCACUUCCUCGAUGAAAUGUUUACAAAACUAGAUUUCGGCCAACGCGCACAACAGCCGUACACUGGCAGCAUAUGAUUGCUUUCAAAACACUUACCACCCAGCCCACAGAGCUCCCAGAUGGGCCACACUCCUACUUCUUCGCACUGAUGCACGUCCACUCUCCAGAGUAGUUUGCUAUCUGGACUGGCAGUCUUGGCAGCUAUUACAACGUAUUCACCUUCUGCAUGCACGACACGUCCCAGCACGUGCUGCACAUUAAUAAACGAUGACAGCGUCCCGCCGCGAUUGUUGAAUGCGAAACCCAACUCUGCUCAGCACAGUGAGAAACUGUCAGGGUAAAUUGUGCUUGUGGAAAAGUUGCUGCACAGAACCGAUCGCAUGCAUUUAAAUCCUUGGUUAUCCCUACUUGGCUCUGCUUUGCAACCAGGCUUCAAGGGGCCUGUUGACCCAGGAUGUCCAUGUUUCGUCCCUGAUUGAACUUGAAAAGGGAUCUCCGCUGAACAUUUGGAUGGUUCAGUGGUAGAAAUCCAAUCCUCCUCCUACUCCCACCCCCCCAAACUGGGCCUAUUAAGAGCCAAAAAAAGCUCUGUUACUCCAGUGUGGGGGUGGAUUAAUUUAGUUAUGUUUACAUGUAGAACUCAGAUUAAAUGUAAAUAGUUUCAACAGAGAGGAAUCUCCACAGAAAAAGAAUGUGAAGUUAAAUAACACUUGGUGUGCAUGAGAGUCACACUUGAUCACUCAACACUAGACCAAGACGGGUCUGGUGAGCUUAGCACAGUGGGCAGUUUGAACACCGCUGACUAAAGUUCGAAGACAAAAGCUUGUAUUCUUUCAAGAGAAUACCCACGUCUGUAUAGACAUAAAUUCACCCGAAUUAAUGCGCACCAGGUGGAUUAACCCUCAAACUGCCCACUGACUCUGACAAAGCAGGACCAAGACUGUAAAACAUAUUCAAGUGUUGUUGUUUUUUGGUCAAGAAGUUUCAAAUGCCAAGCAGAUGAAUCCAAUUCUAUAGCAGGCUUUAAUUAUGUUGCAGUUAUUUAUUUUAUAUCAUAGUUCGUUUGUUUUUUCCUGCUUUUGAUUUUUUGCCUCUUCUAAUCAGUCUUAAGCUCCCUUUCCCUCGGGUUACAUUUGAGGGGGAUGUUGGGGAAACUUUUUUUUUUUUAACAGCAUUUUUUUUCCCUUAAGAGUUUGAAGGGGUUAAAGCAGUUGGCUGUUCAUUUACUAAAUAUACAAAGUAGAUUUUUCCAGAAGCUUUUCUGGUGCUAAAAGACACCAGUCAAAUAUAACUGUACGAUAUCUCACUAAGCCUGGUCUGACUCAAAAUGAGGGGCCAGGAACAAUGCUGCAUUCAAGGACGGCUGUGGAAUGAUAGAAUUCAGCUGUACUCCUCGAUGUCCACCUGUCCCUUUUAUGCAUUUACAAACGAACCAAAAACAGGAAAUUUGAGUUUUCUUUUCAGCUGCUGUUCCAGCGCGGGUCAGAUAAACAGUUACUGUCGCAGCUGUCACUAAGUUUGAGACUGCAGUCUAACACGGGCUUAAUGACUAUGAGCGGCGGUUGAAUCGGUGAUUCAAAUGUUGACCAGAACUGUCAGAGGUGUCCCAAUAGAUGAUUUUUUUUCUCUCUUUUUUUUAAAGCACCUGUUUACUGAUCAGCUUUCUUCUUGAGGUCAUGAAACAUUUUACUUUCUCCUGCAGACUUCUUGUAAGAGCUGUUGCAAAGCAUUGAAGGAAUGAAAAAGCAGGAAACAGGACAGCAAGUUGCUAAUGACAAUCACAGAACUCCCUUCACACACAAACAGAAGUCUUUAAGUUGCACUUUCACACCUAGAGGUUUUAUUAAAUAGCUGUCUUGCUGGCAUUGUUAUAAAAUCAGCUUCAACCUUUAAAACUCUGUAGGAGGAACUUUACUGACUGAACUGGCAGUCGGAUACUGCUGACUGAUUUUCCCUGUGUGAAAGCAUUUCUUACUUGAAUCAGUGGCUUCUGCUGACCAUAAGCUUAAUGUAGUCCCAUUUGUUUUGUUACCAACGCUGCAGGCAUGCGGCGUCGCAGGCGAAUCCAUUGAGUGGAUGUGGUUGCGUAGAUGUUGCUGUGCCUUCUGACAAGCGCUUGGCGGCACAUUGAGAAUCUGUUUUAAAAAAAAAAAUUCAAGGAACCGGUGAACCUUUUUAAAUGCAGUGUGACUUGUGAGAGUAAAAAUUCAGUUUACCUCUUGCUUUGUAGAUCAAUCGUGUCAAAUAGUGUUGUUCAUAAAUAUGCAAUGUAUUUCAGUGUUUUUCUAGGGCAGGCUGGUUUUACCUGUCAGUUGUAUUUACCAUUGAGCUGUGUUAGAGCAACACUUAAAUACCACUGUGCCCCCAAAUUCCUGCGUGGAGGGGGGGGAAAAAACCCUCUGAACUUUUACCCCAAGUGCAAUAGAGUUCAGUAACUUGUGGCUUGCUUUCGCUGUGUGGUCGCCACGAUUCUCUGCGCGAGUUUUCUGCUCGAGUACAAACUGGCACAUGUGAAAUAGCCCAGAGUUUCACAUGUGAACGGUGCCUUUUGAAGUGGCUGAAUCACUAAAGACUGAAAUUUGUUGGUUAGGGCUGGGUAUUUCAAACUAUUGCAAAAUUUUUGAUUAUUUUAUUUUAGUGUAGGAAUGUUUGCUCGGUCAGAUGCUGUAAUGAUGCGGGGA